GCUCUGCCCAGUUGUGCCUCAUCCGUGUGAGAGUGAAGAUCAGCGCCUCCCAGCGACUCAGCCCUCCCCACCGCGCUGUUGCUGGCCCGCUCCUGCCCGUUGCUGUUUCCCUCCCCUUGACAGCCACCACAGAGACCAAUAAGAUGCGUGCUGUGUUCCUCUGUGUGUCUGUGGCCCUGGCUGCGUCCCUGGCCCAUGGAGUGGUGCGUCUGUGCGUGCCGGAGGGCGGGAUUGGCCCCUGCACCGAGAUGCUGAGGGACCCCAGCCUGGCCAACCUCACCGUGCAGUGCGUCUCCGGCCCCGACAGGUACGGGUGUCUGGAGAAGCUGGCGGCCAAGGAGGUGGACGUGGCCGCGGCAUCAGGCGAGGACGUGUUCUUGGCGCGCGAGCUGUACGACCUCCAGCUCCAGCUCCUGGCCGAGACACGCGACGCAGACAAGCACAACGAUGCCUCGCGGUACCAGGGCGUGGCUGUGGUGCGACGGAGCCAGAUCACCAACCUGGAUGACCUCAAGACGGGCCGGGUCAAGUCCUGCCACACGGGUUACGAAAGGACGGCAGGCUGGAACAUCCCCUUCUCUCAUUUGCUGGAGAAGGGUUUGAUCCAGAUGCAGUGUGGCGCCGACGCAACGGUGGUGGAGCACGACGUGAAGGCCGCCGCGGCUUUCUUCGGGGACUCGUGUCUCCCCGGCGAAUGGGCUCCCGACAACGAGACGGACUUCAGGCUCAAGGAACAGUACACCACUCUGUGCAAUCUGUGCGAGGUGCAGGGCCGGUGCCUGAGGGAGGACCCGUUCUCCGGCUACGAGGGCGCCAUUGACUGCCUGGUGCGCGGCCGCGGGGACGUCGCCUGGACCAAGUUGUCAGCCGUUAGGAAGUACUUCGAGGAGAGGAAGCAGAGAACCUCCACGACAGACUACGGCUUUCUGUGCCCCGACGGCCGCGUGCUGGACCUGACGGCGUCCCCCAAGCAGUGUGCCUGGGCCACGAGACCUUGGAACGGCUGGCUCGUGCGCUCUUCCAACGAGAACAAGAGGGCCAUCACCUCUGCCCUGUCGAGCAUGAUGAGCACCGCCUCCACGCCCGCUGCUGGGGCCGCUGAAGGGCAGGUGCGCCCCUGGGCCAAUACUGUCCUGGAUAUCAAGAAGCCCUCCGUUCUGCACCCCCGCUCUCCGCCUGUCUCCACGCGGGACUACCUCGAGGAACACAAAUACGACACCACCAUCGAGCGUCUGGGGUGCCCUGAGGUGCCCGUCAAGCUGUGUGUGUCCUCUCAGCCGGAAAUGGAGAAGUGCGAGGCGCUGAAACAGGUGCUGAAGUCCCGCAGAAUCCGCCCCGGCCUGCAGUGCGUCACCCCGGCCCCCUCCAAGGACUGCCUGGCCAUGGUGGCGACCGACGAGGCGCACAUCACGACGGCUGACGGAGGCGACGUGUACCGCGCGCAUGUUGAGUACAGCCUGGUGCCUGUGGUGUCCGAGCGGUAUGGGCUGCAGGACGCUUCCUACUUCGCCGUGGCCGUGGUGAGGGCAGACUCUGGCAUCACGUCCCUGAGCCAGCUGAGGGGCAAGAAGUCCUGCCACACCGGGAUUGGAAGAACAGCAGGCUGGAAGAUCCCUGUGGUUACCCUGAUGAAGGCCGGACUGCUGGACGAGAACAACUGUGACCUCGCGGGCCAGAUGGGGAGCUUCUUCAGCUCCUCCUGCGUGCCCGGAGCCAAGGACCCACAAUACGACCCCGAAGGAACCAACCCGCAGUCCCUCUGUGCCCAGUGCGUCGGGACCAAUGGAACGAACAAGUGUGACCGCGGCCCCAGCGAGGCGUACUCAGGCUACACCGGCGCCUUCAGGUGUCUGGCGGAGGGCGCGGGCGACGUGGCCUUCGUCAAGCACAUCACCGUCAGGGACAACACCAACGGCAACAACAACGCCUCGUGGGCCGCCAACCUGCGCGCCGUGGACUACAAGCUCCUCUGCCGCAACACUGGAGCCGCCGACGUGGUAGACUACAACACCUGUCACCUGGCCCGCGUGCCCGCUCACAAGGUCCUGAUGAGCUCCACCCUGAGCCCCGUGAUGCAGGAGGAGGUGAGGAUCCUGCUGCUGAGGGCGUCUGAGGAGCUGCCACAGGGCCAGGACGUGUUCCGUAUGUUCGGCACCUUCAAGGGACAGCAGGACCUCAUCUUCAAGGACUCUGCUACGGCGCUUGUCAAUGUGCGCACAGACACCUUCCACCAAUCCCUGGAAGACGAGUAUUACCAAACCCUCUCCCAUUUGGACACCUGCCAGACUCGGGGGACGACCAUGCACCUCACGGACGCUGCCGCCAGCCUGAUCAUGACCCCGGCACUCCUCCUCUUGAGUCUCUUCACGUGGGUCUUCGCGUAUUAAUUUGAUAUGUUGAUUCGGGAACCUGAUGCGCUCUCUCUCUCUCUCCAUCACCUGUUAAUACAUACUGAUCACACACAUACACACACACAUUCCAGUUGACUUCUGUGAUUUUUUUGGUUGUUUUAUGCAUUUUUUUUUUACGAUUUUUUUUAUCUUAAAGUAACCCCAGUAAAGCUUAACUUGUGAUACAUAAUACUACUACAGACAAGUGAAGUGAAGUGAGGUUAGUUAGUUAGUGUCUGUGAUGUUCUAUAAGUGCCUUGUCUGUUAUGAGUGAAUGUCUUAGUUAGCUUGUAAGUAAAAAUGUUGUGUUCUUCCUGUUUUUGUGAUUUUGUAUUCGUCAUAGUUUUCUUCACUUUGUUUUUUUAUUCAGCAUUGUUUCAUUUUUACAUCACUUUUUUAUUCUGCAUUUUUUUUCACUUUUACAUCACUUUUUGUUUUUUAUUCAGCAUUUUUUUCAUUUUUACAUCACUUUGUUUUUUAUUCAGCAUUUUUUUCAUUUUAACCACUUUUUGUUUUUUGUUCAGCAUUUUUUUCAUUUUAACAUCACUUUUUGUUUUUUAUUCAGCAUUUUUUUCAUUUUUACAUCCAUGGCUUCUAGUUUUAGUGGUGAGCAAUGUGUUUCAUGCUUUAGUAUACUAGCUUUAAUUUUUUAGUAUAUUCAUUUUGUGUAUUCAUGAGUGAGAGAUGAAUGGACGGUGUGUGUGUGUGAAAUGCAUGAAUAAGCAACUGAUAUGAUGUAUGCGAGAGAAUGGUCAUGAGUGAGAGGUGAAUGGACGGUGUGUGGAAUGCAUGAAUAAAUAAUUGACAUGAUAUAUGCGAGAGAAUGGCAACAGGGGGCACAGUGUAUGAAUAGCAGGAAGCAGGAUAUGAAUGAGCUGGAGAAGAGUACAAAUGAAGUUGAAGUGCCUGAAAAAUAGGAUUGAGAUUGGUUGGUAUUAUAAGACAUUUUCCGUUCUCAUAUCAACUAUUUCUAAAGGUCAAAGAGGGGGUCAGUCGGGUUCUAAUAAGUGUUUCUUUAGGUUUAUGGUACAGAGGAAGGGUCAAUUUCUAAAGGUUAAAGAGGGGGUCAAUCGGGUUCUAAUGAGUGUUUCUUUAGGUUUAUGGUAGCUACAGAGGAAGGGUCAAAUUCUAAAGGUCAAAGAGGCCGGGGGUCAAUUGGGUUCUAAUGAGUGCUUCUUUAAGUUUAUGGUAGAAGGGUCAAACUACUACCAGGGUCAUAAAACUACCCCUGGAGAUGCCAAAAACUUCUACGAAAGCCUUGUCAAAUAUGUGUGUUUGGGCGAUGAAAUGUUUUAAAAUACGACCCAGUGUAGGCAAGCGUAUGAAUGACAAGAGGACACAGGAUAUGAAUGAAAUUGAAACACUGUAUGCAAAAGUAUAACAGGGGGCAGAGUAUGAAUGAGAGGUUUGAGACAGUAUACAUUUACCAGAGUAUGAAUGACAGCAUAGUGGUGAAUGUAAAUGUCUGGUGUGUAUAAUCUUUGUUUUGAAUGUUUUGUUGUUUUUUUCUGCCGUUUUUCAAUAGGGACCAAGAUUUGUGAUGAUAACUCUUUCGUUUUAACAGUAUUGAUCAACAAGUUUUUAGAGAAAAUGGUGCUGAUAGAAUGCUAUACCAUAUUCCUUGCUUUCAUUAUAUUUGCAAUGCAUUCAGACAAUUAUGAUCCGCAGGCCUAGUUCUUUGUAUGUAGCAGAGGUUCGUUUCUGAUUCCUGUCUCUUGCAGCACACUGAUUGAAGGAAUAAUGUUUCACUGAGAUGUUUUAGAUAUAGCAAGAUCACUCCUAAAACAGUAUUGCUUUAUUGGGGUUCAGUCAGUGAGCUGCAGACAAUCAGGACUUUAAAUAGCUGUAAAUUUCUUCUUUAAUAGCAGACACCUUUGCAGAAUAAUUUUAAAUCUGAAUGAUAGUGGGAAUCGUCUAGUUCUGUAUUUGAACAUUUAAGAGCUUUAAAUUGAUACAACAGUACAGUUUCAAUGAUGUAAAGUAUUUCCAUAGAACAGUACAAAUUGAACUGUCAUAUACAUGUUUUUUCUUACAAUAUUUGAGUGCCUUGCCUCAUAUUACUCGUGUGCUUCUGUAGUGCGCCGCCAUGCCUGAAGUAUCUGUUAAUAUAGUGCAAUACUGUAACUGAGAGAAAUCACUCCUUGAGGAAAGGGAGGGAAAAAUACUAUAGUUUUUGUACACAAGAAAUAGCUAACAUUGAUACUAAGCAAAAUUCAUUGUCUUAACAUUUUUAUCACUUGAAAUACACGUUCAUACCAAA